AUGAUGAAAACAAGAAAGCUAAUGAGAAUAGUAGAGCAAUAAACAACUGAGAUGCAUGAAUAACCCUUCGAAAUACAUACAAAAAAUUACAGUCUCUAGAAAUAAAAUAGAAAAUAAGAAAAAAUAAAAUACAAUUAUCUCCCUAAAGUUGAUAAUUUUCUAAAUAAGGAUCCCUUUCUAAAUACUUUGAAAUUAACAACAUUGGAUUUGGUACAGAAUUUUGACUAUAUGGAUCCUAAUGAUGUUACGUUUCAACUCAAUGAAAUGGCCAAACAAAAAUCAUUCAUACAAUAAACCAAACCCUUUAAUCGAAUACAUCAAAGAUCGAUGCCUAAACAAAGAAGUAACAACAAAUAUCUAUUUGAACUUUCUAGAACAACUAGAAUUAAUUGA